GGGACACGCAGGACACUCCAGCGCGGCCGUGCAGGGUGGGCUGGCCGAGGAUGGGGCCGCCGGGGACCCGGGAGGCCUGGCUGCUGCUGCUGCUGCCGCUGCUGGCGGCCUCGGCCCCGGAGAUGGGGCCCAGUGCCCUUGGCCUGGCUGUCCUCCCCCUACCCCUGGCCACCCCCACCAAGACCCUCGGGCGCCCCACCUAUCCAGGCUGCCUCUCCAGGGCCAUUGGGAGCCCCACCGGCCCUGCUGGCCUCUGUCCUGGGUGCUCUGGGGGCCACUCCCCACUCCGGCUGCACCCAGGCCCCUCCCAGGUGCCUGUUUGUGCGGGUGUGGGAGCGGCUGCACGCCCAGACAUGCGAAGUGUCUCCAAAAAUCCAAGCCGAGAUGAGCAGCCGAGGAACACCUGCCAGGGCGUCGUCAACAGGGGCCACUACGACCAGUUUGGCCUCGAGAGCACUGCCGAGUGCUUCUCACAGUGCAGGCCCGGCGGCCCGGAGUCCUGCCACCUGGGGAACCUGCAGAGGUACUGGCUGGACCUGGAGAUCUUCCUGGUGGAGCACGACACGCAGCCGUGGAACACGCCCUUCGUGAAUGCCUCCGUCAAGAACGUCAGCACCAGCGUCUCGGAAGACCUGCACUUCUCUCUGAACCCCUUUGAGGUUCCGAGGCAGGUGACGGAGGCGCAGAAGCCCCCGAACAGCGUCCGGCUGCCGCAGAGCCUUUUCAGGUCCCUGCAGGGCCGAGGGGAGGAGGUCCGCCUGGCCGUCACCAUCCUGGACGUCGGCACCGGGACGGUCUUCAAGGGCCCGUGGCAGAGCCCGGAGGACGGCAGCCGGCUGCUCAAUAACCGCCUGGUGGGGCUGAGCGUGGGCCGCGGCCCCGUCCACGGGCUGCCCGAGCCCCUGGACAUCACCUUCACCCACCCGCAGCAGCCACCCAACAUGACCGCCACCUGCGUCUUCUGGGAUGUGAGCCAAGGGCCGUCAGGGGACUGGUCUUCCCGCGGCUGCUCCACGGACCGGGGACCCGAGAGGACGGUGUGUCGCUGCGACCACCUGACCUUCUUCACCCUGCUCCUGAGGCCGGUCCUGGACAGGGCCACCGCGCUGGCUCUCACGCGCAUCUCCCAGGCCGGCUGCGGCGCCUCCAUGACCUUCCUGACCUUCACCGUCGUCCUCUACGUCACCCUGAGGUUCUCCCGGCAGAGGUUCAAGUCGGAAGACGCCCCCAAGAUCCACGUGGCUCUGAGCGUGAGCCUGUUCCUCCUGAACCUGGCCUUCUUCGUCAGCCUGGGGCUGGGCACCGCGGGCACGGGGGCGGCCUGCAGGGCCCGGGGCGCCGCCCUGCACUACUUCCUGCUCUGCACCUUCACCUGGAUGGGCCUGGAGGCCCUGCACCUCUACCUGCUGGUCAUCAAGGUCUUCAACACCUACAUCAGCUACUAUUUCCUGAAGCUCAGUGCCGUGGGCUGGGGCCUGCCCGCCCUCGUGGUCAUCGGCACUGCUAGUGCCGACAGCUACGGCCGCUUCGCCAUCCGUGACCAGGACCUGCGCGUCUCGCUGGAGCUGUGCUGGUUCUGUGAGAAGACGGCCACCUCUGCCCUCCACGUCACCGUCCACGGCUACUUCCUCGUCACGUUCCUCUGUAGCGCCGUGGUGCUAGGGCUGGUGGCCUGGAAGAUCUUCACCCUGUCCAGUGCCACGGCCGGCAAGGGGCAGGGGCAGAGCUGGAAGGGCGUCCUCACGGUGCUGGGCCUCUCCUGCCUGCUGGGCGUGACCUGGGGGCUGGCCGUCCUCACGCCGCUGGGCCUGGCCACCGUCUAUGUCUUCGCCCUGUUCAACUCCCUGCAAGGGGUCUUCAUCUUCUGCUGGUUCCUGGUGCUCUACUUCCCCAGCCAGCGGGCCGCGGCCUCCUCCUCGGGCACCGCACGUGUCGAUCAAACCCCUGUCACGUCUCAUGGGUAGGGGGCUGCGGACCCCCCCCCCCCCCCGCCAGGCCCUCUGACUCAGCUCGGCUGGCCCUGUGCC